UCCACCUCCCCCAAACCCGAGUCGAUUGGCCUGCCCUGCGGCGGGGCCUACAGAGACCGUGAGCCAUUCACAGAAGACACGCCAUCACGAGCGCUCGCAGGCUUCCGAGACCACAUCCAGUUUAGACUCCGCCUUCGCCCUUCCUGUUCCCGCACUGCAGCCACUGAGAGCCAUUCGCUGCGCCCUCAGUUGAUUUUAGCUGCGCCGCCUGGCCGCAGACUACACGACCAGCAGGAACCACCCCGGCGCGAACCACUACUAUCGACCUGUCCGACGCUGCGCAUUGGCUGCAACAACGUCGCGUCGUGUCACUCCCAUCGUACCUGCGCGCAACGAUUACGCUGUCCGUUGCGCCUUCACCUCGAGCUCCAGUCGCGCCCAGGGACCUCAGUACGCGACCUAUCUGAAGCCCUGACGUUGGCUGCGCUGCAGUCGCCGCCUUCAUCAUGGAUUCCUAUCCUCAAUACCACCAUCCGAACAACCAGAACCAACAGCAGCCGAACUACGCGCAACAAAUGAUGCCGCAGAUUGGGUACAACGGCUAUGGAGUGCAACCACAAUACGGCGUUUCGCCCUCACAAGCGGCCGCCAUGGCCACGGCCGCUGCUUCAGGCUACGCGCCUUCCUAUUCGAUCCAAGAUUCGUCGCUGCCAGGCCAACUGCCACAAACCUCACCUCGACUAAAUCAGGUGAAGACCGAUGGACGGCCGAAUCCACAGUCGCCGCAACAGAACGCGAUGAACGUACCGAGCAGCAUGGCACAUCAGCUGAACAUGUCCUCCUCCGCACAGCCAAUGCCCAAUAACAUGGCACAGAUGCAGCCGGGGCAAAUGUCACAGCCACGCCGCAUGUCGCAUUCCGUCAACGCCCCAGCGGUGCAGAACCCGCAGGGAGCACCACCUCUGGGCGCACCUCGACCACCAACGCAACCACAACAGACGCAAGCUCCGCCGCCUCCGCAACAACAAUCACCUGAAGUCCCAGUAGCUGGCGCGAACGAAGAGUCACCCCUCUAUGUCAAUGCGAAACAAUUCCAUCGAAUUCUCAAGAGGCGAAUGGCACGACAGAAGCUGGAGGAGGCACUGCGACUCACAUCGAAGGGCAGGAAGCCGUACCUACACGAGUCGCGACACAAUCAUGCUAUGCGUAGACCCAGAGGACCGGGCGGCCGUUUCCUGACCGCAGACGAGGUGGCACAGAUGGAAGCUAACGGCACCCUCCCUACGGACAGUAAAGACCCAAAAGGUGAAGAUGAUUCUGUUCAUAGCACGGACAGUGCUAAGCGGAAAGCAGGUGAGAUGAAUGGCGACGCGAAAAGUAAUACGCCAACAAAGAAGGCGAAGAGUGAUGACGAAGAUGGCGAUGGUCAAGAGGAUGGCCAAUAGACCGGCGCAACAGCUCGGCUUCAAUUUGAUACCUUGUGGACGACAUUUGUGCAUGCUCCCUGUCAAGCAGGAUGUCUGGCAUCUCUUUCAUGGUGUGAGAAGGGAGCACGGUACUUGGCGCACGGAGUUUUUGGUCUUGAGAUACCAUCAUUCUUACUGGAUGGCUACGAUUAACGCAGCGUGAGAAGAUGUUUCUUUCGAGCAGUACAGAAUUGGGGGAAUGGCGUCUUGAGGACAUGAUGAAUUGCGCAUACGAAAACCCUUAUACCCACGCGCAAUGCGCUCAGGAAUAGAUGGCACCUGUAUGGAUGUAUUGCGAAGACAUAGCACAGAAUGAAAG